UAAAGAUAACCAAUCCCUUUACAGAUAUAGCUCAGAGACCGCCCCUUCUGUAUAGUAACCAAUCGCUACCAGAAUGGGCAGGUACGAUGUAUUCAGCAGGCAGCUGCAUACACCACUGCGGGAGUGAAAUAUAAAGUACGAAGUGAGUAAGGUCUGUGUGUGAAUGAAGGAAAAAGCGAAAGUUAGACUUUAUUGCAACAGUGUAAUAACCUGUGUUACCACCAGAUUUAAAAUAAAUGAUUUAUUUAGGUUUUAGCUAAAACUAAAUGUAAAGGGAAAUGCUAAAAUUACUGUGUGUAUUUAUUUUAUAUACCGGUGUAGAAACGUUCAUCCCGGAAAAAAUACCGACUAGCUAUUUAUUUAUUUUUUUUAAUUGUUGUUUCUAGUUUUCUGAAAUACUGGUGGGCGUACUCGGUACGACGACGUCUGUUUGUAUAACAAAUUAAAAACGGAAUUAGAAUAACAAGUGAAGGAAAUUGAGUCGAAUCAGUAAAACAAAACGUUUUUCAGAAUUGAUUUUGGCUUUAAUUAAUAAACAAAACUGGAAACAGUUGCGAAUUGUAUACUCCAAAAAUUUGUGCUGAAGUACGGCACGUUCUAGGACGACUGCAGCCAGUGUACGUCAAACAAGAUGUGCAACAAAGCACGUCAGAUUCUGGUCGGGAAAGGAUUUCUCUGUGUUACUGGAGAUGUAAACCUAAAAGUUGAGGAAAUAACCAAAUGGCAAUGGAAGUCUGGGAAAAUAAGAGCAGUUUCUCACAAGGAUGCUUCAGACCAAGAUCUGAAAGUGUUUGUGGAAUUUGAUCAUGAGAAACUGGAAAACAGAAGAUGGAUUCGAGUUUACGAGCCUCCGAUGAAGAUUUUUCUCGUGGAACACUCUCUGACUUUCGCUGCACGGAAAUGGCCUGGAAGUGCUACAGCUGUGCAGUGGCCAGCAGUGCUAUUUAGACCCUUGGUGGACAAUGCUGGAGUGGUCCUAAUUCUUGUGGAAUACCUCUUAUUUAAGGAAAGAUGCUUUGUAUCUCAAGGGACCUUGCAGUCAGUUCAGGAAUGCGACUGCAACCUAAUGUCCAGGAAACAUUUACAGGAUUUUGAUUGCUCACGAAUUUCGGUUAAGGACUUGCAAGCACUUCAAAAAGAGGUUGAAGCCUGGCAAAGGAAACAUUCAUAUGUACAGCUGCUGUUGGGAGGAACUCUAAACUUAACUGGCUGUAAAGUAAAGGUCUACUGUAUGGAGUCUUCAAAUCAGUGGUGCUAUGCAACUGUUAAGCACCAAGAUCAAUAUACUCAGACUUUGCAGGUCCAAAACGAACAGUUUGGAACCUUACAGAACAUUAACCCUGCUUUGCUUGAAAUUGAAGUCCUUAGCCAGAACAUUGAACAUUCACAAACCUCCAGUGGGAAAAGGAGGUCCAGUAAAAAUGUAACAGACCUUGAAGCAAAAAAAGGAAGAUUUGGCUGUGAGUUCUUAACAGAAAGACAAACCCAGUCUACUAAUGGAGUAUCUUCCUUAGUUCAAGUUGCUGGUUUUUGUCAGGCUGGAACCAAGGAUUCAAAUGAAAGAGUGAUGGAUUUGCCCACAGCAGCAUACUAUAGAGACAACGACAGGACCGUGCUUGUGAAGAAGCAGCCUAGACCUAUGGAGGCACAGACUGGAGUUCAGGAGAACUUAAAGUCAUUCUGUCGUUUGUAUCAGCAAGUGACCGUGCCAUCAAUUCCUUCUCAUGUCAGCGGGGUACUACUGGGGAGCACUGCUUCAACUCCUGGAACAAAAGAAAGAUUGCAACAGACACCCCUGCCGGCAUACUCGCCUCCCAGCAUCCACGUGGAAACUCCUCCAGGACCUGCACCCAAGAAUGAAAAUCAUUUUCUAAAGGAUAUGUGUGAACCCAGCAGAGGAUUACAACCAAACUCUUUGUUUCAAACGGAGUUCAGCAAAACACAGAAUCCAGUUGAAGCAGCAUGUACCUCGUUUUUCACACCACAAGCUACCAGUAAGAAGCUGCAGCAAACACAAUCAAACACAGGCAGCUUCCUGACCAUACAAACAAGCCCUGUGAACCACAGUUUGAACCUCAGUAACUCCAAAGUGGAUACAGCCCUGCCAUCAUCCCUGGAGCUGAGAAAAUUGCUUGAAACGAGUUCUCAUGCGCAGAAACAAACAGCAUACCCGAAUCUUCUGAGUGGUACACCUUCUAAACCUACUGAACAAGCAGUGGGGUGUCCUGCAAACCUAGAGCAAUGUAAUCGAAGCCCUGUACCGAAUGCGCGCCAGCUUUUUAAUAGUGAAGACAGAAACAUUACACGUCCCCCUACUUCUUGUGGUGAUAAAGAGAGCCCCUGGAGUCACUUAAAUGGGAAAACGCUGGAAAAUCAGUGGGAUCAAAGGCCAAAGUCUGGGGAGGAGGAGGAUGACAAAGAUGUACUAAAGGCUUUGCUUGAGAGUGGCAGUCCUGGUGGCGUUAAUGCAAAGGCCUCUAAAUCAAUUUUGAACGAUGCUGAGGAAGUGAAGAGACUGCAGAGAUCUGGAGAGUGUUUUCUUCAGGAUGCUUCCUGCAAUAGCAUCGCACCUCAGCUUCAUAAGUGUAGAGAAUGCCGUCUGGUCAACUACCGCAAGAAAAGCCGCAGUGAAGAGGAUGGUUCAGUCUUCUGCAGGUUCUUCCAUUUCAGAAGGCUGCAGUUCACAAAGCAUGGUGUUCUGCGUGAGGAUGGGUUUUUGACCCCAGACAAGUACGACUCUAAAGCGCUCAACCUCUGGAUGCCUCAGCCUAGCCAUGUGAAGGGACUGGAUUUGGAAACUUCCAAGUAUAUACUGGCCAACAUUGGGGAUCAAUUUUGUCAGCUGGUCAUGCAAGAGAAAGAAAUUAUGGCUUCAAUAGAGCCAUAUAAGGAGAUUGUUUGGAAGCGUGCAGUCCAGGGCGUGCGGGACAUGUGUGAUGUCUGUGACACCACUCUCUUCAAUAUCCACUGGGUUUGUCCCAAGUGUGGCUUUGGAGUGUGUCCAGACUGCUUCAGGAUAAAAAAGAGCAAGAACUCAGAUGAUACGAGAGCAGAUGUUUUCUCUUGGAUGAGGUGUGUGAAGGGGCAGCUGCAUGAACCUGAUAACUUGAUGCCAACACAGAUCAUUCCCGGAACAGCGCUGUAUGAUGUUGGCGACAUUGUUCAUUCUGUGAGAGGAAAAUGGGGAAUCAAAGCAAACUGUCCCUGUUCAAACAGACACAGCAAAACCAGUCCAAAACCAGCUAUAAAGGAAGAGCGGAAACAGCAGAAUGUAAUUGCUGCCAUAAGUCUCUCAUUGAGGCCUUUAUUUCACAACAAGCCCAGUGACUUGGUCCCUAGCACUUCAACCAAGACAACUGACACAGCAGCAAACCCAGCAAGUAGCGUCCUGCACCAAAACCCUUUCAGCUGGAUAACGGAAUUUGCAAAUCCGAGUGUAAACAAAGAAAAUAAAGAUAAAGUUCUCGCCUCAACAGUAAAGAACGAGACCAAACAAAGCAGUUUAUUUCCAUCUCUCAAUUGUCUUCUUGCCAAGCCUACUUCCACCCUUCACACCUUUAACAAUUUGGUUUUAACACCAGUGCCCAACAGCAGUACAGGCAGCCUGCGCAGCUUAUUGAAUGGAGGACAGACUGACAGUGGACAGAAGAGCAGACCAAAAAUCCUUGAUGACAUCUUUGCUUCAAUAGUCCAAAGUAAAGUGCCCAGUGACUCCUCCAAAAGAGUGGAUGUGAAGGAAGCUGUUGGACAGAGCGCAGUGCUGAGCCAGGAGGUGCCCCACAGCUGGCUCUGUGACAAUCGUCUGCUGUGUCUCCAGGACCCGACACACAAGAAUAACUGGAACAUUUUCAGGGAAUGCUGGAAGCAGGGGCAGCCUGUAAUGGUGUCUGGAAUGCACAAGAUUCUGAACUCAGACCUGUGGAAGCCGGAGACGUUCAGAAAGGAGUUUGGCGAGCAGGAAGUGGAGCUGGUCAACUGCCGGACCAAUGAAAUUAUCACUGGAACCACAGUGGGGGACUUCUGGAAUGGCUUUGAAGAUUUAUCAAAGCGACUUAAAACAAAGGAUGGAGAGUUGAUGGUCCUGAAGCUGAAAGACUGGCCCCCAGGACAGGAUUUCAGAGACAUGAUGCCAACGCGAUUUGAUGAUCUUAUGAACAAUAUACCACUCCCAGAGUACACCAGAAGAAUAGGCAAACUGAACCUGGCAUCAAGACUUCCUGAUUAUUUUGUUCGACCUGAUUUGGGACCAAAGAUGUACAAUGCAUAUGGCCUGAUAACAGAUGAGGACAGGAAGUAUGGGACAACAAAUCUCCAUUUGGACAUAUCUGAUGCUGCUAAUGUUAUGGUAUAUGUGGGAAUCCCUAAAGGAGAACCUGAUCAUGAGAAAGCAGUGUUACAAACCAUAGAGGAUGGAGAUGCAGAUGAGCAGACAAUAAAACGUUUGGUUGAAGAAAAGGAGAAGCCUGGAGCUCUAUGGCAUAUUUACUCUGCAAAGGACACUGAUAAAAUUCGACAGCUUCUUAAAAAGGUUGCAGAUGAACAAGGUCAUGAGAACCCACCAGACCAUGAUCCGAUUCAUGAUCAGAGCUCGUAUCUGGACAGGCCCCUGAGGAAAAGGCUACUCCAGGAAUACGGAGUACAGGGUUGGGCCAUUGUGCAGUUUCUUGGCGAUGCAGUUUUCAUUCCAGCCGGAGCUCCACAUCAAGUGCAUAACCUAUACAGUUGUAUUAAAGUGGCUGAAGAUUUUGUGUCACCAGAACAUGUGAAGCAUUGCUUCCGCCUUACUCAGGAAUUCAGAUAUCUCUCAAAUACUCACACCAACCAUGAAGAUAAACUACAGGUAAAGAAUGUUAUUUUCCAUGCUGUGAAAGAUGUGGUUGGAAUGCUGAAAACACAUGAAUCAAGCAUUAAGCCCUAAGCAGGUUUUCUACAGAAAUUGAGUGUGGUUGUAUUACACUGACAGCUAUAACUGUGACAUGCUAAAUUAACAGAACUGGGUAUUUUGUUUCUGAUUUUUAUUUUUUGCAAAUUGUGGUGUUGCAAAGAAUAUCUCGAGGAGAAACACAAUUUUAUGGUUUGUUAAAAGGAAGCAAAAACUCUUAUCAGUAUGGAUCUGAAGCUUGCACUAGAAGGAUUUGAAGACUGAGCAUGUUGGAAAUCGUUUGUUACAGUUUGUAUUUAUAUUUGUUUGAUCCUAAGAAAACAUUUAUCUUUAUUUUUACUUGUUUAUGUUUUAAUGCAGGGAGGACCUGGUUAUGUUUUUUUUUUUUUUUUUUUUUUUUCUAUUACGGUAUUGUUUAAAAAUGUUAAGUGCUGUGCAAUAAUUUUUAUGCCAGAACUUGGAUACAAAUUGAUCUGCUUUUAUUUUGUAAUGUUGAAAUAAAAUCUUGAGGAAAUUGAAAUAUUUUUCUCUUGUGUAAUUGAUUUAAUUAUGGGUGUGACAAAAGUAUAGCUGUUGAUGUGUAAUUUUAAAAUUCCUUUUCGUCACUGUUACCAGGUUAUUGACUUUUCUCAGCCCAAGUGUUUGUAAGGAUCAGAAUGUCACUGUGAUCAAUUUGAGCUGCAUAAACUUACUUUAACAA